AGCUCUAUAGAAUAAGUAUAAAACCGCUAGAUUUCACCUCAAGCACCUGACACAAGACCAUACACAACUUCCAUUCUCGAAUAACACAAUAGUUUCAAAUAACGACCUUCUCAAAUAAUAGUAAGUCCUUUUUAAUCACCAAGGCAAUCGUUGCCUGUAUAAAUGUAGACAAUGGCUGGCCCCUGGCGCGUUCUCCCGAUAUAGUAUAGGUUAAUGACUUCAUUCGAAGAUAAUCAAAAUGCUCAAAGCGUUUGCAACAGCGAUUCGACGCUUGCUUUCAAGAAUCAACCUCGGCAGCAUUCUAUCUUUUCACCUAGUUGGUUGGGGCAGUAGUAGAGGUAUAACAGGCCAUCGAUUCCCAAGUGUAGUGCGGGAAGCAUCAACGGGCUUAUACAGAUCACGUCUUUCUACUCAACCGCUUAUCAUCUUCAUAUUGGGAGCGCCUGGUACAGGGAAAGGUACACAUUCAAAAUUUCUUAAUACGACAUUUUCCAGUCUAACUCACCUAUCCUAUGGUGACUUGAUUCGUUACGAGGAUAGAAUCCCUGGCUCGUGGACGGCUUUCCGCGCCAAGAACAGCAUGUUAGGGAAUGGGUAGCGCAGAUGCCGCGGGCCUGUUGCGUACUCUACUUAACCUGUCCCCCCGAGGUCUCGCUUGCACGCGUGCUUGGACGGGCCUCGGCAUCAGGGCGGCCGGACGACGCAAAUGAGGUGAGAGCGCGGGAGAGAAUUACGCGUUCCAUCGAGGAGAGCGAAGCAAUGCUCGUCGCCCUUGAAGAGUCGGGCAUGCAGAUAACCAGAGUGGAUGCUAAUAGGGACUUCGAGAUUGUACGGGAGGAAGUUCUUCAGGAAGUUCGGGUGAGUUUGCGAUAUCGUAUUAAUGCAAAACCGAUAACACCUUUUUAAUGCGUUUGUGAACAGAACUUCUUGUAUGACUAAAGAAGGCAUGCAAUAAAAGAAGAAGAAGAAUACUAAUGCGAUGGGUAUACAUAAGAGGUAAUGGAGAAGUAGGUAGAUGAAAUGAGUCUGUCUAUGACAUGUGCAACUGAAGACGGCGAAACGCGAUCUGGAUUUAAGAUCUAAGAUCUUAGGUAGUCUCAACCGGUGUUGCUGGUCGGGCAAAAUAAGAAAAAAAAAUUGUAGUUGUAGUG